UCACCACCCCUCUUCAUCCACACAAACAUGGCUGCUAACGUUACCGGAGCUGCCGUCGGCAUUGACCUUGGCACCACGUACUCGUGCGUCGGUGUCUGGCGCAACGAGCGCGUCGAGAUCAUCGCCAACGACCAGGGUAACCGCACGACCCCGUCGUACGUCGCGUUCACCGACUCUGAGCGCCUCAUCGGUGACGCUGCCAAGCUGCAGACCGCGAUGAACCCGCGCAACACGGUGUUCGACGCCAAGCGCCUCAUCGGGCGCACGUUCUCGGACCCGAACGUGCAGUCGGACAUGGCGCACUGGCCGUUCAAGAUCAUCGACCAGGAGACCAAGCCGAUGAUCCAGGUCGAGUUCCAGGGCGAGACCAAGGUGUUCUCCCCGGAGCAGAUCUCGUCGAUGGUUCUGACCAAGAUGAAGGACAUCGCCAAGGCGUACCUCGGCGAGGAGGUCAACAACGCCGUCAUCACGGUGCCUGCGUACUUUAACGACUCGCAGCGCCAGGCGACCAAGGACGCCGGUACCAUUGCCGGGCUCAACGUCAUGCGCAUCAUCAACGAGCCGACUGCGGCCGCGAUCGCGUACGGCCUCGACCAGAAGGGAGAGGAGAAGAACGUGCUCAUCUUCGAUCUUGGUGGCGGUACCUUUGACGUUUCCGUCCUCACCAUCGAGGACGGCAUCUUUGAGGUCAAGUCGACUGCCGGUGACACCCACCUUGGCGGUGAGGACUUUGACAACCGCCUUGUGGACCACUUUGUGCGUGAGUUCAAGCGCAAGCACAAGAAGGACAUCACCGGCAACGUCCGUGCCAUGCGCCGUCUCCGCACGGCGUGCGAGCGCGCGAAGCGCACGCUCUCGUCGUCGACGCAGGCGUCGAUCGAGAUCGAUUCGCUCUUUGAGGGCAUCGACUUCUACACCUCGAUCACCCGUGCCCGCUUCGAGGAGCUCAACCAGGACCUCUUCCGCAAGUGCCUCGAGCCCGUCGAGCGCGCCAUCACCGACUCGAAGCUCUCCAAGUCGGAGAUCCACGAGAUCGUUCUUGUCGGUGGCUCGACCCGCAUCCCGCGCGUCCAGAAGCUCCUUUCGGACUUCUUCUCGGGCAAGGAGCCGUGCAAGUCGAUCAACCCGGAUGAGGCCGUUGCCUACGGUGCCGCCGUCCAGGCCGCCAUUCUCUCGGGCUCGACCGACUCGAAGGUGUCGGACCUGCUCCUCCUCGACGUCACGCCGCUCUCGCUCGGCCUCGAGACCGCCGGUGGCGUGAUGACCAAGCUCAUCCCGCGCAACACGACGAUCCCGACCAAGAAGACCCAGACGUUCUCGACGUACUCGGACAACCAGCCUGGUGUCCUCAUCCAGGUGUUCGAGGGCGAGCGCGCGCGGACCAAGGACAACAACCUGCUCGGCAAGUUCGAGCUGACCGGCAUCCCGCCGAUGCCGCGUGGCCAGCCGCAGAUCGAGGUCAUCUUUGACAUUGACGCCAACGGCAUCCUCAACGUGUCGGCCCAGGAGAAGUCGACCGGCAACAUCAACAAGAUCCAGAUCAAGAACGAGUCUGGCCGUCUCUCCAAGGAGGAGAUCGAGCGCAUGGUGUCCGAGGCCGAGAAGUUUGCGGCUGACGACGAGAAGGUCCGCCAGAAGGUCGAGGCCCGCAACGGCCUCGAGAACUACGCGUACUCGCUCCGCUCCACCCUCCGCGACGACAAGCUCUCCGUCCCUGAGGCCGACAAGACCACGCUCAACGCCAAGAUUGACGAGGUCAUCGCCUGGCUCGACGAGAACCAGGAGGCCGAGAAGGAGGAGUUCGAGCACCAGCAGAAGGAGCUCGAGGGCAUUGCCAACCCGAUCAUCCAGGCUGCCGCCCAGGCUGCCGGCGCUGCUGGCGGUGCCCCUGGCGGCAUGCCCGGUGGCAUGCCCGGCGGCAUGCCGACGGGCGCCGCCCCGGGCGCGCCCCCUGCCGCUGCUCCGGCCUCGGAGCCCACCAUCGAGGAGAUCGAUUAAGUUAUUGUAUCUUGCGGCGAGCCGCUUUCCUGCGCCUCGACCGCCCGCUGCUAUUUCCAAUCUGUCACCAACCCUGUGUGAAUGAAGACCC